GCAAGAUAACUUUACAUCGUAGCGAGUUAUUAUUUCUCUAAAUAUAUACAAUUUCUCAUUCCCCCCGUGACACGGGUUGUUGUUUGGUCAGCCAUGAAUGCAGAGAUAGUUUCUUCACUUCUAACUCAAGAGGUGCCAGCGGGGACCCCUUCUGCCGCAGCAGUUCCAGUGGAUCACCUAGACUACGGCUACGUUGACAAAUGCACUGAUGUGAAAUACUUGGGCAAGAUUCUGGGGGUGCUAAGGUCUGGAGAUGAGGGUAUCUAUCCCCAUCUGAUAGAGUUCUGUGAGAGUCGUCUGGAGAGGUUGGACCCGAAAAGUCGUGCCCUCAGAAAGGACAACCCCCCAGCCACCGCCGCCUGCUUCUCUGGAGAUGAAUGGGGUCAGAUCACUGACGAACUCAAGAAGUGGGAGACAGAUGCCAAAAUGAGUGAAACUGAGCUGAAACAACAAUCUAUAUUCCAUGAUCUUGAAACGGAGAAUCUACCCCCAGUACGUGGAUCAAGUUGCUCUAUUCCUCUCAAGCAGAAUACAGUUUCAAAUGGACAGAAGAAAACUGCACAGAAGAAGGUUCUGCCUCGUAAUUAUAUAGAAUGGGACAAGUUUGAUGUCGAGAAGGAGUGUGAUAAAAUUGAUGGAAAUGUAACAAAAAAGGAUCCCCCUGCAAUUGUAAACUCUAGACUUUCAAAAAUCAGCAGCAAAAUGGAUACAACAGCGCUGACUGAACACGGGAGACUCCUCGUUGCCAACCGCGAGAAGGAUAAAGGCAACGAGGCCUUCAAGGCCAACGACUAUGAAGAAGCUGUGGUGUAUUAUACAAGGAGUCUGUCAGUGGUACCAACCGUAGCCGGCUACAACAACAGAGCCCAGUCAGAGAUCAAACUGCAACACUGGCACAAUGCCCUCAACGACUGUCAGAAAGUACUGGAAAUGGAGCCAGACAAUAUGAAAGCGUUGUGUUUUAAAGCUCUCCUCCGCAGGGCCACAGUGCUGAAACAACAGGGGAACUAUCAGAGGGCUGCUGAAGACCUGAGGAACGUCCUGCAGACCGAACCACAGAACAUCACUGCUACUAAACUCCUGCUUGAGGUGGAUAAGAAACUAACCCAGUGUCAACCGGAGACAGAACAACGUAAAAGCACAAAGAUCCUGAUUCAGGAAGUGGAGGAGGAUGAGAUACGGGAAGAGCAGAGAGCUUGUCCGGUUGAGCCGAGCGAGGCAGUGGGAGGGGAGAGUGCUGCUGUUGCUCCUGCCGAGAGGGGAGACAUGGGAAAUGCUCAGAAGAAGCCCCACGGCAGAGGAGGGGAAGGGGGCCCCAGCCCGCACACAGACCACAAUUCACACGGAAGCCACUGGAAAAACCGGGGAGGCAUUGCAGAGAAGUACAAGGUGAACCAACAGGAUUCGACGUCGGACAAGGGUCUGUGGAACGGAGCUCAGGGCUCUGGCAGGAGGGACUCUAAGGGAGCCCGGCCGGUUGGGGGAGAUGGAAGCAACCUCGACGCCCCUUGUGGGGCCCUGCCCCCACCGCUGGCCCGGCUUAAGAACGAGGGAAACCUGUUCUUUAAGAAUGGACAGUUUGCUGAUGCGCUGGACAAAUAUUCCCAGGCCAUCACGGGCUUCACAGACUCCGAGUAUGUAUUGCAGCAGGCCUUUGUGUCUGUCUGUGCUGUGCUGUGCGAGGAGGGAGCUGCUACUGCUGCAGAGCUCCAGGGUGCCAAUCAGAAAUAUCCCCUCUGA